GUAGUCAUGUCCGGUUUCGCGUAUCCGAUCUUGGCCGAGAGUGUCUGGGGUCAUGGUGACAGCGUCCUCGGCAGCAACUUCCGCGGCAGUGCUGCAGGCCAUAGCUACUAUGACUAUGCGGGAGGAGGAGUGGUCCACUUGGCGGGCGGUGUCGCCGCCCUGGUUGGUAAUCUCAUGGUUGGGCGACGCAUCCUGCGCCCGCCAGUCAAGGACUUCUUGCCAAAGACCACGGAGUCGGCAGAGAGCAGCAACCCAGGCCCCGAGGAGAAGAACCGCGUAGGGGACAAGGAGCUUCUGACAGAGACAUGGCACAGGAGGUUUGACAACCCCGAGGAUGAUGAGAAGGAGUUCCGCGCGAACAGCUACCUCCAGAUUAUGGGCAUCUUCAACUUGUGGGUUGGUUGCUACGGAUUCAAUGCGUGCACGGCCUUCCUUCGCAACGACAGCUCCAGCUUCGCGGAUGCAUCCUUGGCCGCCUGGAACACGACGCUCGCAGCGAGCGCCGGGGCACUGGGCGCCUUCCUCCAUCAGCAUCUGUUUCAGGAGCGCAUGGACAUCGGCUUCAUCUGCAAUGGGGUCUUAUCUGGUCUGGUUGCCAGCACUGCAUGCUGUGAUGCGCUCUUCACCAUCCUGGCUACGGUAAUCGGCUUCCUCGCCGGAUUUGUCGUGUACCCUGCAGGCAGCUAUCUGUUGCGCAGACUGCGGGUCGACGAUCCAGCUGACGCCAUAGCCGUGCAUGGAGGAGGCGGUCUCUUCAGCGUCACCGUCGCCGCCUUCAGUCAUCCCGACUGCAUCACACACGCAGCGCACGCGCUGUGCCAUUCGGGCCAUCACUGGGGCUGGCAGCUUCUAGCUCAACUUCGUGGUGCUGCCGUCAUCAUCGCCUGGACCACCGCCGUGGUAAUGCCGGUGUGGGCGCUCUUUUUGCUGUCUGAGACGAUUCGGUCGCUUGAGCUGGAAGAGUUGGUGGCCUUAUACGAGCGCCUUUGUGACAGCGAGCUUGGCGUGGUCUCCAAGCAGGAGCCGGCCUUGCAGUCGGCGGCGCAGAGAUCUUGGGUCGUUCGGCGACUGCUCCGCCACAGCAGUUUGGACCUCCACGACUUGCGUGAGGAUGUGCUUGAUGCGAUCCACGACACAAAGACGGCUUUGGAGAUGGAAAGUCGAGUUGUGCGGCUCUUCGUGGGCAUGCUGCAUGUUCUGAUUCCAUCCGGGGAAAAACUGGCCGCCAUCCCCUCACCAGACCUAAGCACCGUGCGAAAUUUGAAGCAUGACUUGCAGAAGAUCUGCGGUGUUCCACAUUUCCGGCAGAAGAUCCUGCACGAAGGCAAGGCUUUGGAGGAGGAUGUGCACCUCGAUGCUUCAAUGGAGAGCGUGCUUCUGGUCUUAGCCGCCUUCUGCGAUGCUUCGGAAGAGGAGAUCAAGGAGCUCGUUUUAUCCCCUUGCCAAGGCUCUGUCGACAAAGUGGAGAAAAUAUUGCGGCGGUCCAUAGACCCUAAUGCAGCGACUUCCGAUGGCAAGACAGCUCUGAUGUUGGCAUCUCAAGAUGGCUAUCCAGAAAUCGCGCAGUUGCUACUGGAAGCUCGGGCUGACAUGGACGCGGCCGACCAUGACGGCACCACAGCCCUGGUUGCUGCGUGUCGGGACGGAGAGGAGGACAUGAUCUGCUGGUUCCUGGGUGCCAGAGCAGAUGUAAACAAGGCCGACGGCAAUGACUGCACUCCACUGGUCACUGCCUUACAAGAAGGACAGCUGGACAUUGCACGGCUGCUGGUGCAGGCUGGCGCUGGUACCGGUCCAGGUCCUCAGGGAAACGACUUGCUCUACACUGAAUGCCAAUGCUCCGAGGCCAGCCUAGAGACUGUCCGAUUGCUUUUGGAGGCGAGGGUUGAUGCGAAUACUGAAACUGAGGACGGCAUGACAGCUCUUGCAGUUGCAUCUGAGAAAGGUCAUCAGGAGAUCGUGGAGAUGUUGUUGGCUUCGAAGGCGGACGCAAACCAAACUGAUGUCUAUGGCCUCACCGCCCUCGCUAUGCCAGCCCACGACCCACCAAGCGCACGUGGAAGUUGUGCACCCGCUGCUGCGGGCUGUAUCGCCAAAGUGCUGCGGCGGUGUCGCUUGAUUCGCGACGCCUGCCGCUUGCGAUUGCGCAUCCCUCCCUUUGCCGAGCUCGUUGGCCUGGGAGCUCUGUCGAAGGAGGGCAACACAGUCGCGGACGCCAGCCGAGGUGUCCUCUCCUCAUCUGCGGAAAGAAGCAAUGAAGAAGCGGCCACCCCGCUUCGGCUUCAACUGGAGCGCCUGAACAGACAGGUGCAGAAUCAAGGUAUCCUACUCCAACGCUUGUCGCGAGGGCGACGCCACUCAGGAUGGCGCCGGAGCAAUCUUUACAGCGUCGCCGAAGCAACGGAGCCCACUGCACAGGAAGAGGCCAACGCCCAGGAGGAG